UUAGCAAAAGCCAAAGGGUCACACUUUUAAAAGGAGAGAAAAUGUGUCCAUUUCCAUAGCCUUUGGAGAUUGCAAGGAGAAGGCAAUGGAGUCAUUGACCGCAGAUUUAGAAGACUUUGAAAACUCCGAAACAGGAUCGUUUAUCUCCGGGAACUUCUUACUGUUUGAUCUCUUCCACUCUGACUUCCCUUAUUAAUUAUACCAAAAAUCCCAUUUUAUUUCGUCUUCGCUUGGAUUUCUGAACCACUUGACUGUUCAAAACACACAGAAGGACCCAGAUCAGUUUCACAGCCAAAAAAACCCGAGACACUGGGAUUUUAAUUCUUUUGAACAAGUAGAAAUCCUUAUACUUCUGAACUCUUUGAAGAUGGCUGGGGUGCAAGAUCAAUUGGAGAUCAAGUUUCGGUUGACUGAUGGAUCAGAUAUUGGCCCCAAAAGUUUUCCUGCUGCUACAAGUGUUGUAACCUUGAAGGAAAGCAUUCUUGCGCAAUGGCCUAAAGAGAAGGAGAAUGGUCCAAGGACUGUUAAAGAUGUCAAGCUAAUAAGCGCAGGAAGAAUAUUGGAGAACAACAGAACAGUUGGGGAGUGCCGAAGUCCAUUAUGUGAUGUCCCUGGUGGAGUUACAACUAUGCAUGUCGUUGUUCAACCACCUUCAUUGGAGAAAGAAAAAAAACUGAUGAGCGAACCGAAGCAGAACAAGUGCGUUUGUGUUAUAUUAUAACUUUUUCUCUUCAGAUAGUGGGGAGAACAUCAUUUUUCGGUAAAGAGGGUUGGAGCUAGUAAUGAAAAUGAAGUUGGUAAAAUUGCACAGAUUGAUUCAACUCAGUUGGAAUUAUGCAGGCUUCAAAGGUCACAGUUUGGUGCAGGUCCAUCAUCAUACUCUGUUUGUUGUCAAGUCCAUGAGACUAUGCUACAUCAUGCACUCAUAUCAAAUAUUUUUAUGUAAAGAGUUCUUGUAUCGACCUUAUUUAUUUUCAAAUUUUACACUUGAAGAAGUUGUUUCAUUCACAAUGUAAAUUUUUGAUGCUAUUAUCUUGAAUCAUAUUUUGUCAACAA